AUGCAAAUAUGCUUUAAGAAAACCAAGUUAGAAGAGAUUAUUGUGAUUCUCAGAGGGUUAUGGUCCAAAAGGAAUAGAGUUGUGAUUGAGGGUAAGUUUGAUAGUCCAAGCAAAGUAAUACAAAUUGCUUUAUCAAACCUUAAAAUCUUCCAAAAACCUGAAGAUGUGAAUGAGCAGAAUAGGGAAGUAAAUAGUCAGAGGAGAAGAGAUGCUAAAUGGCUGCUACCAGGUGAAGGAGUUACUAAGAUUAAUUUUGAUGCUACCAUUGACAAAAUUAAUAGUAGAUUGGGUAUGGGUAUUGUUGCAAGGAACCACAAGGGAGAGCUUCUUCUUUCAAUGUGUGUCUCGAAGGAGUUCAUUGGAAGUCCUGAAUUAGUUGAAGCAAGUGCUUUAUGGAGGGAUAUGGAGUUAGUGGUAGAAUUGAAUAUCAAGAAUGUGUUGUUUGAAGGAGAUGCUCAAAAAGUAAUAAAAGAGAUAUAUGAAAGGAGGGCUACAUGUGCAUGGAUGGGGCAAUUAGUAGAAGACAUAGGGAGCAUUCUAACUGAAAAAUCAGACUAG